GUAGUCACUCCCCCCAAACACGCGCACACAACCAACUGCUUUGUUGUGCACGCGGCUGUUCUGUGUCGCUUAAACGAAUCCACACAGAAGGUGACGACGAGAUUUUAUUUUUGUCCGACAAGUGCUCAUCCACGGCCACAGGAGAACGUACAUGCUUAAUCGUCCGUCAGGCGGGGCUCUUUUGUCUGGCUGCGGAGGAGCAGCUGGACGUCCUACGACGCGCGUGCACUUGCCUGCUUGUUUUCCCUCCAUGGACGCCAGUAGAUUGGAGCGUCACGUGGCCAGCGUGCAAAGGGGAAUCGUAUUCCUCGAGCACGAGCAUCUUACACUGCUGGCGGGUCUGCACGUGGAGAUCACCAACCUCAAAAGAAGAUGCCAUGAGCUGAGUUGUGAAUUGGACUCAAAGUUCCCACACAGAACAUCUUCAGAAUAUGAAGCGGAGCUGGCGUCACGCUACGAGGCUGCGCAACGCCUACUCGAGGAGCAGCACGGCACGACGAUAGCUGCCCGUGGGGAGCUGUGCCUUGGAGGGGCCCGGGCGUCGGAGUUGGGGCGCAACCUACGCCAGGACGAGCGCCACUUCCUGGAAGAGCUCAAACGUCGCAGCCACAAAAUCACCAUGCUCAAUCGUGAGCUUCAGCGACAGAAGGGCGCCACGGCCGCCCUUUGCCAGCAGCUCAAUGCAGCCCGUGCCGAGCUGCACCAGCGGCGAUGCGCGGGGGCCACCGCCAGGGAAUACGUGGACCCGCUCGACCUACCCCUAGAAGAUGAAACUGAAGAGGACGAUGAUGAUGACGAUGACGGAGAAAGCGCCGAGCGGUCGCCACCACCUGUCUUCCCCUCGGCUGGACAACGCCCGACAAGAUCCAGCGUGAGGGCAGAGCGGGUACGAGCGUGCGUCCCUCAGGAAAGAGUGACGUCACCACAGAGGCCACGUCCUAUGCCAGACCCUGCCCUCUUCUUGGCACCCCUUCGGUACCGCCUACUACGAUGGAGCCGACCAAUGAGACUGCAGGAUGGCGAGGCGGACGAUUGGGAGGAUGUGGACGAAGGCGGCCUGCAGGGGCGGGUGGACAUGGGCGCUGCUGAGGGGGAGACAGCUUUGUGACAGCCUUUGCAGCUGCCAAGAUUUAGUCAAUUGGUAGAUGAUACGGAAAAAAGAUUGGCGAUUGGCUGCACCGAUCUAUACAAGCAAGAAGUGAGUUCUUGAUUUCUUGCACUGGCUUUAAUCUGAGAGAUGCGCUGGUCGACUUGAUGCUGACUGACUUCCUGUAUGUUGAUUUUCAAA